CUGUGCCACGGAGAUUCUUUUCCUGCAAGGAUCUUUUGAAAUCAGAGCAGGAGAACUGGAAAGUAACUUCAGCAAGAUAUAUGGAUACAGCAGAAAGAAUCAAGAAGAAAUUAGAAGUAAUGUACAACAAGUAUACAUUUGGCAUGAGCAGCCCAGUGAUUAGGUUUGGGGAUUCUGUUUACUUUGAAGAAAAUGGCUGCAUAUUUCGUUCAAAAGCAGGUGUUGAUGAAGGAAGUGUUGAGACGUUACUCAGUACUGAAGAUCUUGGUUUUCAUGAUGCGAUUAUUCAGCGCAUCAGAAUUUCCCCAGAUCAGAGGUAUAUGGCUACCAGCAUAAAAAGCUCAAAUUCUGAAGAGUCAAGCUGUAUUGUUACGAAACUUGAGAAGUUACCAAUGGUGGAAUAUAUUAUCCCAAAUGUGUUUAGUUUUGAAUGGGCUACAAAUGAUGUUCUGUUCUACACCAGUCAGAAGAACCUUGUAUGCCAUAAGGUGUUUCUGGCCACUUUCGCUAAUAGAAAACAUGCUGAGAUAGUUUAUACAGAACAAGAUCCAAGAUUUUUUGUGGAUAUAUAUUGCACAAAAGACAGACGUUUUCUCACCAUCAACAGUAACAGCAAGACUAGUUCCGAAGUUUGGUUGGUUGACUGUAACGAUCCAUUUAAUUCACCUAUUCUCGUACAACAGAGAACCAAAGGGGUCAUUUAUCAUGUUGAGCACAGAAAUGAUGAAUUAUACGUUCUUACUACUUACGGAGAACCUGCGGAAUACAAGUUGAUGAAGACUCCAGUUGGUUCCUAUGGUAUGGAGAACUGGCAAUUGGUUUACACGUUGCAAGAAAAGACUAAGCUAAUAGACUUAGAGAUGUUCAGAGAUCACUGUGUGAUGUUUGUGAAACGCUAUGGUCAUCUUUAUUUAAAUGUGAUUUCUCUUGUUUCUCAUUCUGUUCAGUCUAUUAAGUUACCUGCAUGGGCCUGUGCAUUUGAGUCAGAACCCCAUCCUGAGUACAAUGCCAGCACUUGCUAUUUUCAGCUCACCUCCCCAGUACAACCCCCUAAACGUUUUGUAUAUACGUUGGCGGAAAAUCAUCUCGUUGAGCAGGAGGCACCAAUUACAAUUAAUUGCCACACUGUACGGUUAGAAGCUAAGAGCAAGGAUGAAAUUUUGGUGCCAAUUACAGUUUUUUAUAAUACAAAUUCUAAAGAGCUACACAGGAAACCACUUCUGGUUCAUGUAUAUGGAGCUUAUGGCAUAGAUUUGAACAUGAGCUUUAAAGCUGAGAAUCUGAUGCUAAUUGAAGAUGGUUGGAUAUUAGCAUAUUGCCAUGUUAGGGGUGGCGGAGAGUUAGGCCUGAGCUGGCAUAAAGAUGGAUGUAUGCAUAAUAAACUCAAAGGUCUCCACGACCUUAAGGCUUGUAUAAUGCUCUUGCAUGAACUAGGAUUUUCUCAGCCAAAGUAUACAGCACUAACAGGUAGCAGUGCAGGAGGAGUUCUUGCAGGAGCUCUGUGCAAUGCUGAUCCUUACCUCAUCAGAGCCAUAGUUUUACAGGCCCCUUUCCUAGAUGUUCUAAAUACAAUGUUGGACACUGAUCUCCCUCUGACAAUUGAAGAACAGGAAGAAUGGGGAAAUCCAUUAGCAGAUGAAAAGUACAUGGAAUGCAUUAAAAGUUACUGCCCUUAUCAUAAUAUUAAGCCACAGGCUUAUCCUUCAGUUUUAAUCACAGCAUAUGAAAAUGAUCAACGAAUACCACUGAUAGGAUUGUUAAGAUAUGUUCAUAAACUUAGAAAAGCAGAAAGGGAUCAUGCUAGAAGCAUGAAUAAGAAAGGAAACCUGAUACCUAAUAUCAUCUUAAAUGUUCAGGCAGGAGGCAGUCAUUGUGCUCCAUUGUGGGAGGAUUCAUUAAAUGAGGUUACAAGCCACCUUGCUUUUCUAUACAAAGAAUUUGGACUUGAGAGAGAAUAACUUGAAGUGGUUUACUUAACAUGCACAGUUAUUUCAGAAUUUGUUGAAAGAUUUAAAAACAGACUUCUGAAAAAGCUAUAUCACAUACCUGUACAUUUAAAAAAUGAGCACUCAUUCUCCAAAGGAACCAGCUGUAAUGGGUCCCUGCUUCCAGUGCAGAGUUGUGUGAGUUACUGACUUACACAUACAUACCAGGUGGUAAGUUCCUUCCUUGCUGCAUUGGAGGAGCAGCAUCUCUAUUUUCAUUGAUAAAAUCUUAGCCUUAGUCAUAAUUCUUCUCUGUUAGUUUUAGUAAAAGUCACUGACAGAUCACGGGCACUAAACAAAAAUUCAGAGCCCAUGACCUGUCCAUGACUUUUACUAAAAAUAAUGGGCAGGGGGAGUGACUGACAGGCCAAGCCCCCGCUCCAGAGCUGGCCAUGGCUGUGGGACAGGGGACCAGCCCCUGCCAAGCCUGGGACUGGGGCUGCAGUGUCCUGGUUCCAGCCAGCCCCCCCCCAUCCUGAAGCCCUAGAAGUCAAGGAGGUCCAGUGAAGUUGCAUAACCCAUGACUAGCCUUAAUUAUGACAUUUUCAGUAAGUAAAUUUCUCUUCUAGCUGAUACUAAACAAACACUUAAAUUUGUUACAUAUUUGCCUUGAUCAUCUCUCAAUUUUCUCUUUCCCCUAAAUGAGUUGUUUUAAAACUGACCUGACAACUUAUUUGCUUCUAACUAUUUCAGACAAUUCAGUGCCUGCUACACAAAUAGGAAACUUGCAAAACACGUACUGUGGAGUGUAAACUGCCACAGGAUUUGGGGCUGAGUUGUGGCAGUCAGAUACAGCCUACAAUAGGGGUACACUAUAGGGGUACAAAACUCAAGCAGGAAAUCUUAAGAGCUUUAUACCUUAGGCACAAUGCCUCUAGGAGCCCUAUAGGCAUAUGGCUAGUGUUCUGCCCUUGCACAAAUACUUAUCAGGGAUGGCUUUACGGGGGAUGAUCCUGACCCUUUCUGGUGCCUGUUCACAAUCCCUCUGGAAACUCUAGCCUCUGUGGUUGCUGGUUACCCUUAAGUUAAGCACCUUCCGCCAUCCGCUCACACACCAAUAAAAGAGGCCAGACAAUUAAGCCACAUUAGUUUAGGGGCUGCUGUUCAUUUAAUACACAAACCAGCAAAUUUAAAAAGCCAUUGCCACACUAUUCACAGCAUUGACUUGAAAUCAACACUUCCUGCCUUAAAUGCAUAAAACAAAAUUUCCUACAUCCCCUCACGCUUAGCAGUGCAUGUAAAGUAUAUUCAAGGCACUAGAAUAACAUGCUUUUUCAGCCACAAAACACUUAACUUGGAAAGCUUCCAUAGUAUGAACUGUCUUCCUUGUUUUAUACUCUAGGAUAAUUCCUUCCCCCUUUUCAGUUUUAAUUGUUUUGGUAUUUACAACUUUACCAGUGUUGCUAAAAUUAGUGCUUAGUCUUAUGGUAGCUUCAGAUGGAAGCUCAGAAACUACGGCUUUCAGGUCGAUGAUUGAUUCCUGUCCAAAAUUGAGAACCAUUAUAAAGACUGUGUCUAAUCCAUCUAAUUCCCUCAGAUACACAAAAACAUUGCUGUCAUUCCAAAUGUAGCACAUCCAUCCCCUAUGAAUGGGCAGCUCAUUGUUGCGAAGUAAAUUUAGCUCUCGAUACAGAUUCAGUGUUGAGUUGGGCUGAGUCUUUUGAACCUGUUUUAAAAAAAAAAAAAAAGUCACAUCGUUUGUAGUACAGAAGUGCUUACCACCUCUAAGAUUAUCUUCACAGCUUUCUGACUCUCAGCCCCCUCUGCAGAUCCUUCCACAGAUUCAAGUUGAAGCUAUUUGUCCUCAACCUUUGGGGACCUUCACAACUCUGCCUUCUCUCUCCCCAUAUUGUCCACCUUUGCCACUCCACCAACGACAAUAGUUGUAGAAGGAGGAGACAAGGCUGUCUCUGCUCCUUCCAUUGUGCUUCAUACACUCUUGUCAGCAAAGCAUUCCAUACCAAGGAAUCAGACAUUCAGCAUCAAGGACUUGAUCUUGCUCCCACUGACUUCAGUGCUGCAGAAGUAACCCCCAAUGGAUUAGUUUCCAGUGCUUUUUCCUUGCUGUUGUUCACUGUGAUAGAUCAACACUACCUGUACUUGACCUACUUGGUGUAACAGUGACUGCUAAGUUUGUCUUAGACAAAACAACAUAUCCAAAGCUAGAAAUGCAUCCAUCUUAUUUUCCUGCUAAAUUUAACAAAGCCUACUUGUAUUAAUCUAAAUUAAAAUGGGGGUGGGUAGAUUGCAGAUUAAUGUUGAAAAAUGAAAUGAAUUAGACUAAAAAAAGUUACCACUGUAUUCUUCUGGUUAAAUGAGGGCUGGCAAAAUAGCCUUUGCUGUUGCAAUAAGAUAUUUUUUUUUACCAAUUUUCUUCCACAGAAUUUUUUCUUGGUUUUAGUUUUAACUGCCACAUUCCACUAAUCAAAACAAAUUAGAGCUUCAUUUAGCUGAAGCUAUUUCACUAGCAUUUUUUUUUUAACCCAUAUGACUGUGUCCUUAAUUUAAAUACUUACUUCGACAUUUACAUUUUGGUAGUCUGGAUUAACAGGUAACCAGCUUGUGUUACCCUCACUGAAGCCGGCAUGAAGGUUGCCAUUCCACUGCAUGGGUGACUUCUCUGGAAAGGUCACCUAAAAAUAAGAGAGUAUUGGGCACCAUUCAACAACAUCCUUGUUAAUGUGCUAAAGAAUGAUCCAGUUAAACAAUCUUUUGCUCAAACUUCUCUCUCAUGUCAUUAUUUCAUCUCAUAGGGGACUUUAAUUGGGUCCUAGACUUGAAGCUUGACAGGAAGUAAUUAAAAAUCCCACAAGUGCAGGAGGAUCAUGAAGAGAGAGAAUCAAAAGCUAUCACUGAAAGGGGGAGGAAAAACUAUGUAAUGGAUUUGGCACUGGACUGGGUGCUGAAGACCUGUGUUCAAUUCCCAGGUCAGAUGCCAAUUUUCUGUAUGACUUCUGGUUACUUAUCUACUCUGUGCUUCAGUUCCCCAUCUGUGAAAUGGGGAUAGUACUUGCUUACCCCCACCCAGAAGUAGUGUGAGGACAAAAAGCUAUUAAUGAUUAUUAGGUGGUCAGAUUUUACAGUAAUGAGGGCCAUGUAAAUUCUUCGAUAGAUACAAAUACAGUUAGUGGAUGUAUGGAGUGAUCUGAUCCUGGAAAGAGAUACUGUACUAAUAUUUGAAUAAUCAAAGUUUGUUAAAUUUGAAGACUAAGUACCUUAUUCAGUAGCAUAUCAGUGUUUAACUGUUCUACUGUGUAUUAUAUUUUAUAAUUAUCUGAGCAAAUGUAAUCUGUCCUGAGGAGUGCUUUGUAAAUAUAUUACAGUUUUCAAUAUAUGAGUCCUUUUGUAGAAUUCCCUCCUCAAGUGCAAGUAAUACUCUUAGAACUCAUGGUCUGUAACAGGUAAAUGAAAAACAUGUCAAAACUUGCUUGCAAAACAUAAAAUUAUCUAAAAUUU